AUGGAAGAGGACCAACAAGAAGACACCAGUUCGGCUCCUAAGGAGGAUCCAGACGAGUCGGACUCCCAAAUCUUCUCAGAUGAAGGAGGUGAAAUUCUCGAUGAGUUGUCAGGCGAAGCAGAUGAGGAGGAAGAUGAGGAAGAGCUGUCACCUACUCCCGAGGAGCUUAUUAGGAGUAACGAAUACAUCCUCAAGUUACUGCAGAAAAGACUUAUCCAUAUGAAGAGAACUAAAGAAGAGGCUGAAGAAACUUCUCCUGCUGAUAAGACCAACGGUGGUAGUGGGACAAUCAAGCCAAGUGAUCAAGCACCUAUUCGUAAUGAGUUACUUAACAGCACACAAAAGUUCUUGGGAGUGAUCAACACAACUAUUCAACAGCUUAAAGCCCAAGAUGAUAUUGGACUGCACAUCCCUGAGCUAGAUCUGGAGCAAGAUGUUCACCAACUCAUGAUGAAUUCAGAGCUGGUAGAGGAGCUGGAGCAGUGCGUGACAGGCUGGCAUACUCAUCUUUCUGAUAUCCUUGAGGAGCUAGACCUCAAGAAACCAGAGAGUCCUCGUCCGAUGGCAGAAAUCAUUUUUUGGCAGGAACGUUCCUCCAUCCUGAGUGCUCUGACAGCAAAGCUUAAUCACCCAAUGGUAAAAAAGAUUUUGCUGGUAUUGACCAAAGCACAAGUUGAUGUGGUUACCACUAUGGAGGCUACAGUGGCUAAACUCGUAAAAUACACUUUGGAAGCAGAUGAGAAUGUGGGCUUCCUCAAAACACUGGAAAGACAUUUCAAGAAUCUGGCUAUGGGAGCAGAUUUUAGUGUGCUUCUAGAAACCAUCCCACCUCUUUUGAACAGCCUACAAGUUGUGUGGUUAAUCUCCUGCCACUAUAACAGGAACGAUCGCAUGGUCCCGUUGAUGGAGCGCAUUGUUUGGCAACUGUCUGAGCGAGUGGCUCAAACCAUUGAUAUCCAUCAACUCUUUAAAGAUGAUAGAGCUGUUGCCAAAUCCAUGGUGGAUGAUGCAAAGGAGGUUCUGGAAUUGUGGAAGUCUUCUUACUAUGAUGUGCGCGCUGAAAUUCAAGAAGGAGGCACUGGUAAACGUUGGGAGUUUGACAGAAGAAAGCUCUUUGAGAAAACCGAUUACAUGGCUGCCAUCUGCCAGGACUUGUCCAAUGUUUUGCACAAUUUGGAAGAGUUCUACAACAUCUUCUGCCCAGAGUUAAAAAGUGUGACUUGGGACCCAAAACGUUUUGAUGAACUGCAGGGCCAAGUCGACAACCUCAUCAUUCCUUUUGAGGAAACCGAUUUUGAUCCUUUCAAUAGUUGUAAGAUUAGCAGCUGGAAAAUCAUCAUGCAAAAUUUCAGCAGUUCAGUUUACACCAUUGAGAGGGAAGUCAUUGCCUUCAUUGACCAGUCCUUCAAGACACUGCGCUCCUCAACUGCUGCCUUUGAAAUGCUUGUGAAAUACAAAGACAUUCGCUCUAGACCAGCCAUCAAUAACCAUUUGAUGAAAAAGACAAAUGAUGUUUUGUCUCAGUACUGCAAAGAGGUGGACAGUAUAAAUGAAAUAUUUGAGGAAAAGAGGGAUAAGCCACAAAUUAAUAAGAAUGAGCCUCCCACGGCAGGCAGCGUCAGGUGGACACAUUCCCUCUUUCAGCGCAUAAAAGGUGGCAUGCUUCCUCUCCUGACAAUGCCAGAUUUAUUGGAAUCCGAAAUGGGCUUAUUGGCAAAGAACAAAUACUUGGAAAUGGCAAAAAAAGUAAGUGAGUAUGGAGUUAAGAAGUAUAAGGCAUGGAUGUCUGAAACUGAACGCAACUUGCCAUUAUUAUUGAGAAAACCUGUUUUGGUCAUAAUUUCGAAGGAAACCCAACGCGAGCUGGCCGUCCCAGCCAAACCUGACAUCAAGGGCCAGAGGGAUCGGCGAUACCGUGUUAACUUUCCACCAGAGAUCAUGACAAUAAUCGCAGAGACAAAAAACUUAAUUUCAAUGUCCUUCUCCAUGCCUGAGGUCGCUCGAAACGUGACUCUGCAGGAGUCCAACUUUAUAAGGUACACUGAAGAACUGUACAAGCUCGUCAACCGCUACAACUCUACACUUGAUAGUCUGAGUGAUUCCAAAAUCACCAUGUUGUCUCAUAACAUAAGAAAGGUCGAAACGGUGUUAUUUCCGGGAUGCAAAAGGCUAAACUGGAAUUCCUUAGCAAUUGCAGAUUUCAUCAACAAUGGGAACCCGGAGUUCUCAAAGUUUGAGUCAGUUGUCAAUCAAAUACUGAACAAUGAGCUCGAUAUCGAAACCAAGCUGAAAUCCAUUACGAUGGCAGAGAUCCUCAAAUGUCCAUCACCAGACAAGACAGAGCUUUUACCAAGUGUCAGAGAGUUUUAUGAAUGUAUGGAUCGAGAACGGAUCAAGACAACAAAUUUGAUGAGAAGCAAAUAUGCUGACAUUGGACCUGUCAUCUCGAAAGUGGAACACUUGAUCUUGGAAACAAACACCGGCAAGUGCAGCAGCAUGGCAAAUUAUUAUGCACACUGGGAACGCAAGGUGCACGAGGCUCUCAUUACCAUGAUGCUGAGGAACAUCAAGGCUUUCAAUUCUGUUCUGACGGGGAACGUCCCUCUGUUCCGUGUUGAUGCCAUCCUUUCUCCACCCAGAAUUUUGUUGCAGCCCAAGACAAAUGAGAUCUCCCGCACACUUAUACAGUGUAUCAAAGAAUGUGUCGAGAGCACCAAAGAAUUUGUGCGUUGGAUGAAUGGAACAUGCAUGGAGUGCCCACCACAACACAUAGAGGGUGAUGACUUUGUGACUUUUAGCUUCUUUGAGGAAGUGUGUUAUCACCCUCAAAUCAACGAAAGCGCCUUAGGUGUAUCCCAGAAUAUUCAGCAAUUAAUGCUUUCUGUAGAUCAGUACCUUAUUCACUGGAAACAGUACCAACCCCUGUGGGAAAAGGACAACGCCACAGUCUGUGAAAAAUUUGCUGAUAAAAACCCGACAUGUGCUAUGUAUGAUCAGAGGCUGCAGUUCUAUGCUCAAAUAAAUCAAAAGGUGGUACAGGAGGCUCUUUUUAAGAAUAUAAACAUCAUUCAACUAAACCUGGAGCCACUUGCCCGCACUGUUCAAGAGACUGCAGAGUCCUGGAUCAGUUCACUGGGGAGUUUGCUCAACAAAUCAGCUAAAGAAGAACUUUUCAACUUGAAAGAAGAAUUCAUGCAACUCUCAGAGAAGCUUAAAGAGAGUCCUGAUACUUUUGAGAGCUUGAAGAAUGUCCUUGGGACGAUCUCAGACAUUAAAGACAUGUCUUUAAAUGUGAAACUGAGCAUCACGGAUAUCGAGGAAAGAUACAGAACACUAGCUAUGUACAAAGUGAAGGUUGCAGAAGAGGAAAAGGAGCUCAUGGAAAACAUUAACCAGAUAUGGAGGGACCUGUUUACAGAAUCCAAACGAGUGGAUCGGAGUUUAACAAAUGUCAAGGUGUCAUUUAAAGAGACUACCAAGGGGAUGACUGAAGAGUUUCAGAAGAAUUUGUCCAUCUUUUUUGCAAGCUUUAACACGGAUGGUCCUGGUGCUGUUGGCGAGGAUUUAGAUCAAGGCCUAUCAAAAAUGGAAUACUAUGAAACUGAGCUUGCCAAGGCUGUGGAGAGAAGGCAGGAGCUAGCUAAUGCUGAGAAGCUCUUGGACCUUCCCAUCACUGUGUACCCAGAGAUUAUCAGCAUACAAAAAGACAUGAAUGGCUUCAGGCUGAUUUACGACAUCUUCCAGGAGCAAAAGGCGGCAAAGAACAAAUGGUCUCAGACAUUAUGGGCGGAUUUAGAUAUCCAGCUGCUUCAGGAGGGUGCUGAAGGAUUUCUCAAAGAUAUGAGAAAGUUACCCAAGGAUGUGCGGUCGCUACCUGUGGCCUACUUCCUCGAGGGCAGGAUGAAGGAAUUCAGAGAUUCGCUUCCUCUGCUGUUGGAUCUUAAGAAUGAAGCCCUCAGAGAAAGACACUGGAAGGAACUGAUGGAUCGAACCGGCACAAGCUUUGAGAUGAACCCUACCACCUUCACGCUAGAAAACAUGUUUGCAAUGGAGCUUCAUAAAUAUGCCGCUGUCAUAGGUGACAUUGUUGGUUCAGCUUCCAAAGAGCUUGGUAUUGAAAAGGGUGUGAGGGAGGUGGUAGAAACUUGGGGAACCAUGCUAUUCACUAUACAGUCCUACAGUAAAGGUACCCAACAGAGUGCUGUGUUGGGUCCAGUGGAAGAGAUUAUGUUGAUCGUGGACAACGAUGCCAUGAAUUUGCAGAGCAUGGCCGGGAGUCGAUUUGUUGGACCUUUCUUAAGCACCAUACAACAAUGGGAGAAGGACCUGUCCCUUAUCAGUGAGACCAUAGAGGUUUGGUUGCAAGUACAACGGAAAUGGAUGUACUUGGAGAGCAUAUUCAUUGGUGGAGAUAUUUCUUCACAGUUACCAGAGGAAGCCAAAAAAUUUAAUCUCAUUAACAAAACGUUUAAAGAAAUAAUGGAUGAUGCACAGACCAACCCAAACAUUAAGCGUUGCUGCGUGAUUCCUAACCGGCUAAUGGAUCUACAGACCCUCAGUGAGAACCUGGAGAGGUGUCAGAAGAGUCUCAACGACUACUUAGAUUCUAAACGGGACGCAUUCCCUCGCUUCUUCUUCAUCUCUGACGAUGAACUGCUCAGCAUUUUGGGGAGUAGUCACCAUGAAUGUGUGCAGGAACAUAUGAUCAAGAUGUACGAUAACAUCGCAUCUCUCCGGUUUGACUCGGAAAGCAAUGGGGAAAUAUCAGCGGGAGCUAUGGUGUCCGCCGAGGGUGAGGUGAUGGACUUUCAAAAGGCCGUCCCAGUCAAAGGAAGGGUGGAGGAGUGGAUGACAGGAGUUCUGUCCGAGAUGAGAAGAACGAAUCGACUCGUCACUAAGGAAGCAAUCUUCCGCUACUGUGAGGACAGAGGCAGGGUGGACUGGAUGUUGCUGUUCCAGGGCAUGGUGGUGCUGGCUACAAAUCAAGUGUGGUGGACGUGGGAGGUGGAGGAUGUUUUUAACAAGUUGAAAAAGGGAGACAAAUACGCUCUAAAGAACUAUGCGACAAAGAUGCACCAGCAGAUUGAUGAGCUGGUGACAUGUUCCACACAGCCUUUGAAGAAAAAUGACAGAAAGAAGAUCAACACCGUCCUUAUUAUCGAUGUCCACGCAAGAGACAUUGUAGACAGCUUUGUCUUGAACAGUAUUACAAAUGCUAAGGAGUUUGAGUGGGAAAGCCAAUUGAGAUUCUACUGGGUCCAGGAAGAGGACAAUCUUCUCGUGCGUCAGUGCAGUGCGACUUUCAGCUACGGCUACGAAUACAUGGGGUUGAACGGUCGGUUGGUUAUAACUCCUCUGACAGACCGGAUCUACCUCACCAUCACACAGGCUCUCUCCAUGUUCCUGGGUGGAGCUCCUGCCGGACCAGCUGGCACCGGAAAGACAGAGUCCACCAAAGAUCUUGCCAAAGCUCUGGGCCUGCUCUGUGUGGUUACCAACUGUGGUGAAGGCAUGGACUACAUGGCUGUGGGGAAGAUCCUCUCCGGCCUGGCCCAAUGUGGAGCUUGGGGCUGCUUUGAUGAAUUCAACCGUAUCGAUGCCUCGGUCCUUUCAGUUAUCUCUUCCCAAAUCCAAACCAUCCGCAAUGCUCUCAUUUUGCAUCUUAAAAUAUUCAAUUUUGAAGGUCACGAGAUUACCCUGGAUAGUCGAAUCGGGAUCUUCAUCACCAUGAACCCAGGCUAUGCGGGGCGCACGGAGCUGCCUGAAUCAGUCAAAGCGCUCUUCAGGCCUGUGGUGGUGAUCGUGCCCGACUUGCAACAGAUUUGUGAGAUCAUGCUGUUUUCUGAGGGAUUCCUGAUGGCCAAGGUCCUUGCAAAGAAGAUGACGGUGCUGUACAAGUUGGCUCGUGAGCAGCUGUCUAAGCAAUCUCAUUAUGACUUUGGCCUGCGAGCUUUGAAAUCUGUCCUUGUCAUGGCCGGAGAACUGAAGAGAGACUCUCCAGACAUCACUGAGGAUGUGGUCUUGAUGCGAGCCCUGAGGGAUAUGAAUCUUCCAAAGUUUAUAUUUGAGGAUGUGCCUCUGUUCCUUGGGCUGAUCGCAGACCUGUUUCCAGGGCUGGAAUGCCCUCGUGUUCGCUAUCCCAACUUCAAUGAUGCUGUGGAAGGAAACCUGGAAGACAACAAAUAUGUCAUGCUACCUAUCCAGGUGGAUAAAGUGGUGCAAAUGUACGAAACAAUGAUGACACGACACACAACUAUGAUAGUGGGCCCAACAGGGGGAGGCAAAUCGGUUGUAAUCAGCACAUUAUGUCAAGCUCAAACCAAAUUGGGAUUUCACACCAAAUUAUACCCUCUGAACCCCAAAGCUGUGAGUGUCAUUGAACUUUAUGGUAUUCUGGAUCCAGACACUCGGGACUGGACGGAUGGGGUCUUAUCCAACAUCUUCCGUGAGAUCAACAAGCCUACCGACAAACAAGAGAGGCGGUAUAUUCUGUUUGAUGGGGAUGUGGAUGCUCUUUGGGUUGAGAACAUGAAUUCAGUGAUGGACGACAACAAGCUUCUCACUCUGGCUAACGGAGAACGAAUUCGUUUACAAGGUCACUGUGCCAUGCUGUUUGAGGUUGGAGAUCUGCAGUAUGCUUCCCCUGCUACCGUCUCACGCUGUGGAAUGGUUUAUGUGGACCCCAAAAAUCUGCGCUACACCCCAUAUUGGCAGAAGUGGUUGACAGACAGACCCAUCAACCAACAAGAAGAUCUUGAUAAUCUUUUUGAAAAGUACGUCCACAUCUCGAUUGACAUGAUUGUGGAAGGUAUCGUGGAUGGGAAACAAGGACAGAAACUGAAGACUGUUGUCCCGCAGACUGACCUAAAUAUGGUAUCGCAGCUGUGCAUGAUGCUUGAUGCCCUACUUGAAACGGAGAACUUGAGUCCUGACGUGUUAGAGUCCUACUACCUGGAAGCUCUGUACUGCUCUCUUGGGGCAACAUUGGUGGAUGACGGAAGAGAGACAUUUGAUUACUUAAUCAAAAGGACUGCUUGCUUAACUACUGUGAGUGAUGAAAAAACAUUGGCUGGACCUGGUGAGAUCCCAGGGCAGCAUCCAACACUAUAUGAUUUCCACUUUGAUGGCACAAAGUGGGUUCCCUGGACUUCCCUGGUCACCAAAUACGUCCACGACCCUGAAAUGAAAUUUGCUGAUAUUUUGGUCCCAACUGUGGAUACCACAAGAACCAGCUGGAUAUUGGAACAGAUGGUGAAAAUAAAGAAGUCUGUGCUUUUGGUUGGAGACUCUGGAACUUCUAAAACUGCGACCAUUAGUAACUUUCUGAAACACCCAAGUGGAGAUUCAAAUAUUACUUUGACCAUCAACCUUUCAUCCAGGACAACAUCAAUGGACCUCCAGAGGAACCUGGAGGCCAAUGUAGAAAAAAGAACCAAAGAGAUAUACGGUCCUCCAAUGGGCAAGAGAUUGUUGGUCUAUAUAGAUGACAUGAAUAUGCCAAAGGUGGAUAGCUAUGGCACACAGCAGCCAAUUGCACUGCUGAAGCUCUUAUUGGACAGAGGAGGCAUCUAUGAUCGAGGGAAGGAGCUCACCUACAAAACCCUCAAGGACCUCGGCUUCGUCGCAGCCAUGGGGAUUGCGGGAGGUGGGAGGAACGAGGUGGACACUCGCUUUGUUUCACUCUUCAGCGUCUUCAGCAUCCCUUUCCCUGCCAUGGAGUCUCUUCACCUGAUCUAUGCCUCCAUUAUUAAAGGCCACACCAAAAACUUUGAGGAUGCAGUACAGAAGAUUUGUGAUAAAAUCACCGUCUGCACCCUGGAACUGUACAAUGGCCUCGUGAAAGACCUUCCACCGACUCCAGCAAAGUUUCACUACAUCUUUAAUCUGCGGGAUUUAUCGAGGGUGUACAAUGGACUAACAGUUACUGAGCCUGAAAGAUUUUCAACAGUCAAUAUGUUUGUACGGGUUUGGCGAAAUGAGUGUCUGAGGAUUUUCCACGAUAGGCUCAUUGAUGAAAAAGAUAAAAACAUGGUUCAGGACCUUAUCAAGAACUUAGUAGAGGAGCAUUUCAAGGCAGUCAUGGAGGAUGUAAUGAGAGACCCAAUUCUGUUUGGAGACUACAAGACCGCCUUGAGUGAGACAGAACCAAGACUAUAUGAGGAGAUAAACGACUAUGAGAUUUCUAAAAAUCUAUUUCAGGAGAUUCUAGAGGAAUACAAUGAUAGAAUCUCGAGGAUGAAUCUGGUAUUGUUUGAUGACGCCCUGGAUCAUCUGACUCGGGUGCAUCGCAUCAUCCGUAUCGAUCGAGGUCAUGCUCUGCUAGUGGGUGUGGGAGGCUCGGGCAAGCAGUCCAUCACCAAGCUUGCCGCCUUCGCUGCUGAAUGCGAGGUGUUCGAGAUCACGCUCAGCAGAGGCUAUUGCGAGUCAACGUUUCGUGAUGACUUGAAAAUAUUGUAUCUUAAACUUGGCAUUGAAAAUAAGAAGACCGUGUUUCUCUUCACUGAUGGUCAUGUUGCUGAGGAAGGUUUUUUGGAGCUCAUUAACAACAUGCUUACGUCAGGUAUUGUUCCUGCGUUGUUUCCCGAUGAUGAGAAAGAAGCGGUUCUCAACCAGCUUCGCGAAGAAGCCCUCAUGAAUGGAUCUGGUCCUUCUAAAGACAGUGUGUGGCAGUAUUUUGUUAAUAAAAGUGCCAGCAACCUACACAUUGUUUUAGGCAUGUCCCCUGUGGGAGAUACCCUGAGAACACGCUGCAGAAACUUUCCAGGUCUGAUGAACAACACUGUGAUAGAUUGGUUCUUUCCAUGGCCUACGCAAGCUCUACUUGCUGUCUCUGAGUCUUUCCUCGGUGAAAGUGAAAUGAUUCCUAAGGAACACGCUCCGGCUGUUAUCGAGCAUGUCUGCAUGGUCCAUACAUCUGUUGGCGACUACAGCAUUCUGUUCCUGCAAAAACUUCGACGUUCUAACUAUGUCACCCCGAAGAACUACUUGGACUUCAUAAGCACAUAUGCUAGCCUGCUGAAGGAAAAGGAUCAGUAUAUUCUUGCGCAGUGCAAACGUCUCGAAGGAGGCUUGGAUAAGCUGAAGGAAGCCAGCGUGCAACUGGAUGAGCUGAACAUCAAACUGGCAGUGCAGAAGGUGGUUCUCGCGGAAAAGUCCACAGCCUGUGAGACCAUGCUGAUAGAGAUUGCCUCCAACACCACUGUGGCCGAGGAGAAAAAGACACUGGGCGAAGAAAAAGCCACAGAGAUUGAAGAGCAAAAUAAAGUGAUUGCUGUCGAAAAGGCAGAAGCAGAAACAUCCCUGGUUGAAGCUCUGCCGGCAUUAGAAGCCGCUCGCAUUGCCUUGCAAGACCUUGAUAAAUCUGACGUCACUGAGAUCAGAUCCUUUGCAAAGCCGCCCAAGCAGGUCCAGGUGGUGUGUGAGUGCAUCCUGGUGCUGUGUAAGAAAAAGGAAAUUAGCUGGCAAGCCGCCAAGGCGAUGAUGUCAGAUCCUGCCUUUCUGCGUUCACUGAUGGAGAUGGACUGUGAUGCAAUCGGUCCCAACCAGGUCAAGACUGUCAAAGGCUUCUUGAAGGCCCUCGGGACCAGCCUUGAAGAAAUGCAGGGCAUCAGCAAAGCAGGUUCAGGAAUGUACAAAUUUGUGGAGGCUGUCGUCGGUUACUGCGAAGUCGCCCGAGAGAUCAAACCGAAAAGGGACAAAGUGGCCCGUCUCGAAAGAAAUUUCUUUCAGAGUAAGAAAGAGUUGGAGACCAUUCAAAGUGAGCUCACUGACAUCCAGAGAGAGUUGAAGGCUCUCGGCGACAAAUAUCAAACCGCUAUUGCGGAGAAGCAGAAACUGCAAGAGGAGGCCGAACUCAUGGAGAGAAGACUGAUAGCUGCCGACAAACUCAUCUCGGGCUUGAGCUCUGAGAAUGUGAGGUGGACACAAGAUUUAGAGGAGUUGAAGCAGCGGCGCGUGCGUCUCCUCGGAGACUGCCUCCUCUCGGCUGGCUUCCUGAGCUACGAGGGAGCCUUCAGCUGGGACUUCAGGAAUCUGAUGGUGUAUGAAACCUGGGUUAAUGACGUCAAGGAGAGAGGCAUCCCCUUGAGCGAACCUUUUAAAGUGGACAACUUACUCACGGACGAGGUGGAGAUCAGCAGGUGGGGGUCGGAGGGCUUGCCCCCGGACGAACUGUCGGUGCAGAAUGGAAUCCUCACGACGAGAGGCAGCCGAUUCCCCAUGUGCAUCGACCCGCAACAGCAAGCCCUCAACUGGAUUAAGAAGAAGGAGGCGAGCAAUAACCUCAAGAUCUCGUCCUUCAACGAUCCAGACUUCCUGAAACAUCUGGAGAUGGCCAUCAAAUAUGGAUUCCCGUUCCUAUUCCAAGAUGUGGAUGAGUACAUUGACCCUGUGAUUGACAAUGUCCUUGAGAAGAACCUGAAAGGAGCGGAGGGCAGGCAGGUGGUCAUGCUGGGUGACAAAGAGGUGGACUAUGAUCCCAGCUUCAGACUUUACCUCAACACCAAGCUGGGAAACCCCAAAUUUUCUCCGUCUGUCUUUGGAAAAGCCAUGGUUAUUAAUUAUACCGUGACCCUGAAGGGCCUGGAGGACCAGUUGCUCAGUGUCAUCAUGGGCUUCGAGAAGAAGGACCUGGAAGAGCAGCGUGAGUUUCUGAUCCAAGAGACGAGCGACAACAAGAAGCUGCUGAAGAACCUCGGUGACACCCUGCUCAGGGAGCUGGCCACGUCCACGGGAAACAUGUUGGACAACACGGAGCUGGUCUCCACCUUGGAGGAAACCAAGUCCAAAUCCAGCGAGGUAUUUGAGAAACUCAAGUUGGCUGUGACAACAUCAGUGGACAUCGAUGUGCUCCGAAACGGCUACCGACCGGCUGCCAAGCGCGGGGCCAUUUUGUUCUUCGCUUUGACGGAAAUGUCUCUGGUAAACAGCAUGUACCAGUAUUCUCUGGCCUCGUAUCUGGAAGUGUUUGACUUUUCCCUGCGUAAGUCGCCACCGAAUACAGCCCUGCCGAAAAGACUGAAAAACAUCAGGAACAGUCUGACCUAUAACGUUUAUAAUUACGGCUGCACAGGUCUGUUUGAGAAACACAAGCUUCUCUUCUCGUUCAACAUGACCAUCAAGAUUGAGCAGGCGGAAGAUCGAGUGCCCCAGGAGGAACUGGAAUUCUUCAUCAAAGGUAAUCUGUCCCUGGAAAAGACUUCGCGCCAAAAGACUUGUAACUGGCUUCCCGAUUCUUCCUGGGAAGAUGUCGUGAAACUUUCUGAGCUUUUUCCUGGCCAGUUUGCGUCUUUGCCGGACGAUGUUUGUCGAAAUUCGUCCGAGUGGCAAACGUGGUAUGAUCUUGAUGUACCGGAACAGGCUCCGAUGCCAAUGAAAUAUGGCGAGAGGCUGACGGACUUUCAGAAGCUGCUCCUGCUGCGUUGUUUCCGGGUCGACAGAGUCUACAGAGCCAUCACCGACUACGUCACCAUCAUCAUGGGCGAGAGAUAUGUUCAACCUCCGGUGAUCAGUUUUGACGUUAUUUAUGAGCAGAGCACUCAGUUCUCCCCCAUCGUCUUCAUCCUGAGCCCUGGCUCUGACCCCGGAGCUGACCUCAUGAAACUCGCUGACAGGACUGGCUUUGGGAACAAGUUCAAGUUCCUUGCUAUGGGCCAAGGCCAGGAGAAGGUUGCACUACACCUUCUGGAACUGGCGGCGGCUCGUGGUCAGUGGUUGAUGCUACAGAACUGCCACCUGCUGGUUAAAUGGCUGAAAGAUUUGGAGAAGUGCAUCGAGAGGGUCACCAAGCCUCACCCCAACUUUCGCCUUUGGUUGACCACCAACCCUAUUGAUGAUUUCCCCAUUGGCAUUCUUCAAAAGUCUCUCAAGGUUGUGACCGAGGCUCCGAACGGUCUCAAGCUCAACAUGAGAGCCACCUACUCUAAAAUCUCCCAACAGACGUUAACGGAUUGCCCGCACGCGGCCUUCCGCAGCCUGGUCUACGUGCUGUCUUUCUUCCAUGCCGUGGUGCAAGAGAGGCGCAAGUAUGGCAAAAUUGGAUGGAAUGUCCCCUACGACUUUAGCGAAUCAGACUUCUUGGUGUGUUUGGAGAUCUUGAACACCUACCUGACCAAAGCUCACAACCAGAAAGAGAGCAAUAUUCCCUGGGGAAGUAUUAAGUAUCUCGUAGGCGAGGUGAUGUACGGUGGACGAGUCAUUGACAGUUUUGACCGCCGGAUCCUGAACGUCUACAUGGAUGAGUACUUUGGAGACUUCCUCUUUUAUGACUUUUGUCGGUUUCACUUCUUCAAAAACACUGAUGUCGACUACAAGGUUCCGCCAUAUGGACCCAAGACUAUAUAUAUUGACGAGAUUGAGUCUCUACCACUGGCAAACACCCCCGAGGUGAUGGGUCUUCAUUCCAACGCAGAGAUCGGCUACUACACACAAUCAGCGAAAGACAUGUGGUUGCAUCUCAUCGACCUGCAACCGCAGACGGGCGAGUCUGGUGGAAGCAUCAGCAGGGACGAGUACAUCACUCAGGUGGCCCAGGACAUCCAGAACAAGUUGCCUGCAGUAUUUGACCUGGAUGUUAUCCGCAAGAAAUUUGGCACUGAAAUCUCUCCUACAUCGGUGGUGCUGCUUCAAGAACUAGAGCGCUUCAACAAGCUGAUCGUUCGCAUGAAGCGUUCUCUGGCUGAGCUGCAGAGGGCCUUGGCUGGUGAGGUGGGCAUGAGCAAUGAGCUGGAUGAAGUCGCCCGGGCCCUUUUUAACGGUCAGAUCCCUGCUAUUUGGAAAAAGUUGGCACCUGACACACUCAAGUCGCUGGGCAACUGGAUGAUUCAUUUCAAGAGGCGAUUUGAGCAGUAUAAGUCAUGGGUGGAUUCAACAGAGCCAAAGGUCAUGUGGUUAUCAGGACUCCACAUCCCAGAAUCCUACCUGACUGCCUUAGUUCAAGCUGCAUGCAGAAUAAAUGGUUGGCCUCUGGAUCUUUCCACACUUUACACUGAGGUGACCCGCUACCGUGACGAGGAGGAAGUCAUUGACAGACCUUCACAGGGUUGUUUUGUGUCUGGUUUGUACCUGGAAGGAGCAGACUGGGACAUGGAGGUUGGCUGCUUGGUGAAGAGUAAACCAAAAGUUCUGGAGGUUCAGCUGCCCAUUCUCAGAGUCAACCCCAUUGAGACCCACCGCCUCAGGUUGCAGAAAACCUUGCGGACACCAGUGUACACUACAUCGUUACGGAGGAAUGCCAUGGGUGUGGGUUUGGUUUUUGAGGCUGAUCUGUACACCACGGAGCACCUCUCCCACUGGGUUCUCCAGGGUGUCUGUUUAUCCCUCAAUACUGACUGAAGACAGCCAUUGGUGAUGGCAGCUCCUCACUCAGAUUCAGGAGGAACCUUUUCAGUGGACUACAGAAUCCAGUGACAACUGCUUCUAUAUUGGUGUACAGUUUUAUUUUUUUUAUUGUUUUCAGUCUUACUGAAACCAAAUGUAGCUUUCUUAAUCCAAGCCUUUCAUUUAUGUUGCACUCAAUUGCCAUUUUGGCUAUUAAUGAUUGAAACAUUUAAUCUAGUUGAAAAAUUUGCUCCAUACUGAUUUUAAUUAUCUAAAUAUUUCUUUUCUUAUAUCUUUGUUUGCAUGAUGUCAUUAUACAGACAUCAAUUGGAAUAUUUUUUGGGAGAAGGAUUUGAACAUUGUGCAUAUUCAAAUGUCCAUCCCGAAAACAAAGGAAAAUAAUGUGAAUCCAGUUCCGAAAUGAAGUCACAUCUUUCAUCUUUGCACACUUACAGACAAUAGAUAGUGUUUGCACAGCAGGAGAGCAAGAGGGAAUACAAAUCACUCCUCAGAGGUGAAAAUUAUUUUCAGAUGCUUGUGACUGGAGGGAUUUACAUAAACUCUAAAAUGUUCUCCUUACUGCUUUGUCCUACUGCUUGCACGGACUGGCUACAUAACAUGCCAAGGUGCCUAACCAAAUUCCUGUUUGUUGUGUGUGAAAGCAAGUGUGUGCACUGAUUGCUUCAUUGGCCGCUCUCCUCCAUUCAAAAUGCCUCUGAGUGUCCAAACAUUUAAUAGCACUAAUCAUUUUUCGCUUUAUUUACCAACAAAUCGGGAAUAAGCAGGACCGCAUCAGCACGUAUGAGAGGUAAAGUUGCAUAUACGGCACAUUCGCAUCUUGGGUCGUGGUCCUGAGUUUCAGCACCAUGUGUUUAAUUUGGAUCAGGAGCACAGCUCUGUGGUUCGUGGCUGCUUGAUUUGUAACUCGACAUGUCCCAUAUGUAUGGGCAGGCGGCUGCUUCCCUCCCACCUUUCUGUCCGUCUGUCUGCCUGUCUACAUGGGCACUGAUGAUUCUACCAGACUGACACUAAAUAUACAGGCCGUGAUGGUGCUGAAUGAGCAUAAUUGAACGACCACUCUUAAAACCAUUUAGUGUUUGAAUGGGGACGGCCAUCAUAUUAGGCACACCUGCAAUAGCAAAGGAGAAAGUGCUGUAUUAGUCAUUAAAGUUAACAUGAUUAUACUGCACUGCCUGCUACACAAUUUGCACCGCAGACCAAAAUUUGGGACCCACAUAAAUCAUUUCAAUACACAUAAUGUGUGUUUGCUUGUGUAUCUAUGCAAGGGAUAUAAAGUGACAGGCAGAACAAUUCAAUGUUUUCCCACUUGAAUGUAUAAUUAAUGUGUGUGCAUCAUUUGUGGUGACAUUUUUGUUUGGUCGUGAAGCACUGUUUUUUUUUCUUUUUUCAAAGAUUAAAUAUAUGGUUUGGCUUAAUAAAGG